AUGCUCGACCUCUCCAAGAAUCCGUUGUUCGACCUGAACUCCCGCACACUCAGUGUGGACGAGAGGGUGGCCCUCUCCUAUGCACGCGCAAGACUUGUCCUUCGUUCCUACAAUCUCUCAAUCAGCGAUGUGCAGAGCUUCACCCCGAAGUUCUGGGCCAUGCAUCUCGACCCCAUUCUUCCGCUAGAUUUUGGCUGUUUCACUAUCCUGGCUGCGCACUUGAAUCUCACGGUGGGCACGAUUGCUAGAUACCUUCCCCAACAACCAGACUUGAUCCCUCUGGUCAAAUCCCUCCUGAAUCUGGACACAGUAGGCGUGUUCCUGCUCAGCGAGCGUGGGCACGGCCUUGAUGCCUUCAACAUUGAGACCACCGCCACCAAGCACAAGAAUGGAUUCAUCCUCCACACACCUCGCGAGGAAGCUACCAAGUUCAUGCCUGCAACGACGCCCGCCUUCGGGAUUCCCAAGGUAGCAGUAGUCAUGGCCCGUCUCAUCGUAGACGGCGAAGACCGCGGCUCGCGCUUCUUCCUCGUCCCGAUCUGCACUGCCAAAGAGAUGUAUCCAGGCGUGACAUCCACCCGGCUCCCGCGGCGCAGCGGCACGUCCCCGCUCGACUUCUCCAUGACCUCCUUCAACCACGUGUUCCUGCCUGCCUCUGCGCUGCUCGGCGGGUCGCUCGACGCGCCGACGGACGCGCGCAGCGCCUGGUGGGACGAGGUGUGGCGCAUCCCGUACGGCAGCAUGGCGGUGGCGGCGCCCCUGAUGCAGGGCCUCAAGCAUGUCGCGUACAUCGGCGGGCAGUACUCCCUCCGCCGGCAUGUUCGGGUGCACGGCCCCACGCCUGUACCGAUUAUGACGUUCCCAACCCAGCAGUUGGCUGUGCUCUAUGCAGUCGCGGCGGGUACAAUCCUCGACGUGUGGUACCGCUCUAUCAAUCUGUGGACGACCGCGUCAAGCACGGCAUGGCCGUGGUGGUGA